ACGGACGCUUACAGUAGACUAUCCUAGCAGAUCGCGAAAACGUGGAUCGGCCAACAGUCUUGCGUCGCGUAUGGCGAGGGAUGAACGCGCUCGCUCUGACAUUCACUUCGACGAGAUACGCGCUUUUCUCGACAACUCCGAACUACUUUUCACUAACUUAAACUAUUUACUAUUUUCUUUGAUUAAAAUUUUAUCUUGAUUCUUUGAGUAUUUUUUAAUCAUUAAGAUGAAAUUCCUUAAACAUUUCGGGUCUACCAACGAGUUUAGUGGUUGGCAUGUUCUGUAAAGCUGAGUCAGUGCGACCUGACCUUCGCUCCAGUUAGAAAAGGUCAUUGACAAAAUGCCAAUCAUCCAGUCGUGUUGCUGCUGGCGAAGCCUCCGCCGAGGUUGCUAUGCUGCCGCUAUAUAUACUAUGAUAUACUUCUCCAUCACGAUAGUCACAAUGGGACAUUUUAUAGACAUGGAACAGAGAUACCUCAACGGCGACCUGAUGGAACCAGAAUCUGAGAGUUUCCUGGAACCGGAUAAGAUAACACCGAUUACCGUGUCACUGAACAUAACGCUGUUGGCCUGCAGCACGAUGGGGCUCAUCUCAUGCGUGAUGCUAAUAUUGGGAGUGUAUAAGGACCUCAAGUUUAUGCUUCUCCCGUGGAUCCUAUCAAUGGGCCUGGAAACACUCGUUGAAGUUAUCAAUGUGGUGUAUCUCUUCUACCUUCAAACAAUGGACUUUAAUCCAAUAACGUCGUUUCUCUUCACACUCGACUUCUUCAUCAUCGUGCUCAAUCUGUACGCCAUGGUUUGUGUCAUUUCGCAAUUUCAAGAGUACCUCGAGGGAAGAGGCACCGCUACCUACGACUAUAACGACAGGAUGGCUACCGUGCAGUACACGGCCACCAAUCAGCAAACAACGACCACUAGCUCCGCGCCUAGUGGCCGUCGACGCUCCGCCGGAAGACCUACCCCAAGCCGAUGUGACCCUGAAGAAUUCUCCGAGGCUCCCACUAAAACCAUAACGUCUGUGUUAUCCAAACCAAGUCGAUCAGCUGUGAAGAAACAUGUUCAGUUUCCGGACGAACAGAGCUGCAUUGAAGAGGCUAAUGAACCCAUUGCCGAGGAAGAAACUGUUGCUGAGGAAAAACCAGAUACCCGGGUGAUCAGUUCGCUUUGGAUGGAGCUCGAGACGGCUACUCCGGUGCCGGAACGCUGACGGCGGCGCAGCGAGCAGUACUACCGGCCGGUGACGCGCGCGCGCCGCAAAUUGUCCGUCGCCGGAGUACCGCCCGCCACUGAUGAGAUAAAGGACACAUGCGUUUAAAUCGCAUCCAGGACCUGAUCGAUCGCCGUAAACGUGUCUCAAGAACUAACAACAUAAAAUCUAAUUCUUCGAAUACGAAUCAAUUUAAUAAUCUUUACAUACAUAUAAAUAAAAUUGGAGUGUCUGUUUGUAAUAUUGAAAUAACCGCUUCUUACUGCAUGCGUAUGAAUAUAUAUACGAUACAUACACCACCAAAAUAACAUUUUUUACAAUUUUUGUCUGUCUGUUUGUUCCGGCUAAUCUCUGGAACGGCUCGACCGAUUUUGACGAGACUUUCGCUGAUAGGUAGCUGAUGAUAUAAAGAGUAACUUAAGCUACUUUUUUAGACUAGCUUCACCCCGCGGCGUCACUCGCGGUAUGAUAAUAACCGUGGGUAACGUCGCGAGACUCAAGCUACCUAUUAAUAAUAAAAUUUAAUGUUUCCGAAGCGAAGCAAGGGCGGGUCGCUAGUCGUAAAUAUUUCUUUUAAACGUGAGAUAUAUCAUUAGUCUGCCUAUCAAAUUACGUACUUUGAAGGUAUUUAAUAAAACAUUCUUAAUGCUCCUCACAAAUUUACGGGCUCGGCGAACAAAAAACGUGUGUUUUCAUGAAAGAAAGAAAAAAAAACAAGUUUGUUAAAAUGUCGUUGUGGGUUGAGUUAAAGGACAGCAGAAUAGGAUAUGAGUAAGCGAAAGGAAAAAGGAAACAGCCGGAUGUGCCCGGAUAUAGGACUCCAGAGCCGUUUCGUACGACAAUCUUCUGUCGUCAGAACACAAUCGAGACAUCGUUAGGCUAUGAACAGGACUCGAUAUUAUUCGUAGUUAUUACCUAUUCAUUCAAUAAUAAUCGAAAUAUGAUAAUGUAGUUGAGAAAAAAAAAGAAAAUCCAAAAAAAUAAUAAUAGAUUACUACAAUUCUUAUUAUAUUAUGUAACUCUUUUUAAUAGCUUAGAUUAGUAGAUAAGUUUGAGGUUCGGUUGGUGUGAUGGAGCCCUUAGACAAGACAGUGCGGACAUCGCCGACAACCUUGAUACGUUAAAUGGAGGUUUCAAACGCAUUAGAACAUUUAUCUGGCCAUUCAAACCGAAACGUAUGGAUUAUUUUGCGACAACACUAAGCAAGCUCUAAACAAUAUUAGCUGGUAACCAGUACGCAAGACAGGAACCAGAGGUAGAACUCGGUAGGGAAAUUAAGAUUUCCAUCUUAUGUUGGAACUGUUAAUGAACGAUGUGGAAGUUAUAGGUAUGGAGUGACAGGAGCUAUAAGUGAUGUAUAUCACUCGUGUCUUCUGAUCCUCAAUAAUUCCCUGGUAUUAAGUUAAAAAAACUGAUAAUCUUUUAGGUUUCUUAAGUAAAUUUUAUACACAAAUCAAUGUAUAUUCGUCGAUACAAUAUAUGUGUGUGCUCCUUAAAUAAGACCGCCGCAAAUACAUUUUUUCGGGCAAUUGCUCCUUUUGGAAUGUUCGGUAGACGUUUUUCAAUUCUUUUAUCAUUUUUAUAUCAGGCUUGUUCAAACUGCUCCGGAAUACGAAUAGACAUAGGCUUAAACCAGAAAUUACGUUUUUUUUAAAUUAUGUUAGCAUUCCGCGCUAUGAAACAAAUAAUUCAAAAUCAGCAGUGCUCAGAAUCUUCCUUCUAGAGCUGAGGGUAUAAUCCAAGGCACGCACCUCCUAUUAGUGCUCCCCGAAGAUCGUAUUUAAGAUCGUGCCGUAAAAAAAUUGAAAAUUAAAAUCAUAUUAUGAUAUAUUUUGUUUUAAGAUUCAGUUCUCACUAAAAUGUAAAAGUAAUAACAGCUGUAUUAGUCCAUGAAUACUGAUGAAGUUUAGUUUAUAUGUGACGCCUUCAGCUCUAACACUAGGGGCAGGCUUAGGGACCCCGGUAACCGUACCCGUUGAACUCGGCAAAGAGUUCGACGUGCAACCUAACCCAUGCAUCAGCCCGCUGAGUUUCUCACCGAAUCUUCUCAGUGGCUCGCGAUUCCGAUCCGGUAGUAGAUUCAUUCGCGAAACAGUUGCUCUUGAGUUGCUAGGUCUCCUUCGGAGGCGCUCGGGCAGUUGUUAGCAAAUCUCACCCCUUCUGGCUGAGCCUUUGCUCGCCCACCUGUCCUGGUAAAACUGGAACGGCCUCCGGGCUACCAGUAAUCCGUCAAUCAUAAAAAUAAGUUUAUAUAACGCGCCAUUUCAUGUCUUACUUUUUUUAGGCCGUAAACAUAACCCGGCUUACCCAGUUUUAGAGAGACCGCCGAGUCUACCUUCGCGUUACAUUGCUAGUUAACGAAAUUUGAAUUUUCUAAAAUUAUAAAAAUUUCAGUAUAUAUAGUUAGCUUAUUAACGUUUCGGGAAUACAUAGUUAAUUUUACAUCUCAUACACGAACGGAUUAUUUACAGUGCUGUUGUAGGUGGAUAAAUUCUUUGGAAUAGCCCAUACGUGAAUAGUAAGAUAAUAAAGAUUAAGUAGGUACAUGUAUUUUUAGUAAAUUAGAAAACUAUUGUAUGUUUAGAUAUAGUGGAAGAAAAAAAGACAAAAAAAUAUAUAGUAUAUAAUAUUGGAAUCAAUCAAUUUAUCUAAAUCUAUAUAAUCGUCAAUAGUAGUCUUGACACUUUCGAUUUAGAAUAAAUAGCAUAUAAUAAAUAUUCGGUCAGCUAUUAAUUUCAUUAAUCAUAAUAUACACACAAUAGUAAGCUGAAAUAAUUUACAUUAGAUUACUAACACAUUUCUUUGCUUAACUUCAGACUGUCGUUAAAUGUAAUAACAAAAUUUUGUUCGCACAACAUAUUUCUUGUGAAAGGAAUGUUUACAAAACGAAAAAUAAAUCGUCUAUCUCUUGUACAGACACAACAAGAUUAUUUUCUUAGAUAUCAAAGCGACUAUUUAUAGUAGGCGUUUUAAGGCUUAUUGAUUUUAUACGAACAUAACUCAGUCAGAUAUUUCACUUUUAUGUUGGUUUAUCACGUUAUUUUUCGUUUCUCCCCCACACUAAUGAUUUAAAGCUAACUUUAUGUCAGAAUAAACGUUUUUUUUAUAUAUAACAGCUUCAGUAGUUUAUCGUUAGAGCUAUCGUAUACUUCUCAAUAUUCUUCCACCAUAUAGCUAAUUAAUCACUUGUCAAAAUUUGCUUCUCACAACAACGUAAACAAAUUCAAUAUGAUUGUCUUGCUUAAUAAAUAUCCUGUAAACAUUUUAGCGGCAAAUCAAAUCUUUGUCGAUUUGAAGGUAAAGCACAAUUUACAUAUCCUUCAUUCUAUCAAAUAACUUGGACAGUAAACAAGGACACGUGAGAAAGGGUAGAACGAUUAUUGCAUAUUUCGUCAUACUUGUGUUCACGGGAAAUGUAGCUGCUACCAACUACACUUUUAUAAGGUUAUCAAUUAAAAAAAAGCUUUUGUAGUGUUACUAAUAAAAUUUUACUACGGAAACGCGAGAGAGAACCUAACAAGAUCAUUUAAAUUUUAACACCUUUAAAAUUAAGGAAGAAAUUAAUAAAAUUCCAACAAUUUUUUCAAGCACUGAAAACGAAUUUCAUUACUGAGCUUUGACAUAGCGCAGACGGAAAUCAAACGUUGAUGUAGAGGAAAUACAGGAAUGUUGUUAGUAGGCAUGAAUGUCUUUAAGGCGAUUACGCCGGGAGAGAAACAGGGUAAAGCGAAGCUAGUCAAGUCUGUGGUAAGGAUAAUUUGUAAGAAGUGUUUGUGAAGUGCCAAGUCGGUCAUAUUGUUUAAAAUUUUGAACAUAAUUUCAAUGUAAAAAUUUUGGAUAACAUUACCUUUUUUUUUUUUUUUCAAAAUCAAAUAGUGCGUUUGCCAUUUCAACAUUUAAGAAGGGAAAGUGUAAAGGUAUAUUUCUAAUAACGAAUUAAUUCUUCUAACAAUUUUUGUACAACGAACACUUUUACUUUUUAGUAGGAACUUUCGAAACCUAAUUAUUUCAGUCUCCAGUAUUAAUGAACUGUACUGUCAUCCUGCACUAAGAGACAAUUUUAAGGCACUAAAAUUGUUAAAUAGUUUACGACCGACUAUGUAUAAUGGACCUAAUACUGAACGGGUUCACAUUUUAAUUUCGAACAUUAUAUUAUUGCAAUCAUAACGUCUAUAUUAAAAUUCAUAAAGACAAUUUAAAAGUAUCGAUAAAAUCGAUAUUCAAUUUCAAAGAUCUCACAAAUUUCAUCAGUGGGAAGUAUAGAUGAUUGAGGUUCAUUAUUCAAUGUUUUAUGUAUACAGUGAACCCUUUAAAUAUAUAUUGGUUUUUCAUAAAUAAGUGGACGUUUGGGAAACUAUUUUCCUGAAUAUAACACUAUACUCGUAUGCUAAGUGUAAGAAAUUGUUAACUUUCAUUGUUAGAUUAGGAUUUAGAUCGCUUACACACCACUGCUUUUAAUUGCCAAAACUAAAACGUUAACUACCUAUCGCCAGGCCAUCCAAAGCAGAUACUGACGACCUUCCUGAAAAAAAGUUUAUAUUAAAAUUGAAUAGAAUAAUGUAUCAAACAAAAAAACAACAAAACUCUUACACUAUUUGAUUAUACAUAAAUAUUACAGAGUUUUCUGAUAUUUUUCUGUGAUAAGUUUUUUUUGCCCUGGUAGGCAGAUGAGCAUACGGUUGACCUGAUAGUGGCCUACAAUGGUUACAGUCACUCGUGAACGUCAGCAAUGCAGCCGCUUUCAGACUACGCUAUAAUAUAAUAGCAUAUAGUAUAUAGCUCAUAGCACAACAAUAUCGCACACCAUACAUUUUUUUUUUAUUGCCUUUGUAGGCAGACGAGCAUACGGCCCAUCUGAUGGUGAGUUGUUACCGUCGCCCAUGGACUUCAGCAAUGCCAAGGACAGAGCCAAGCCGCUGCCUACCGCUUAAUACUCUCCACAAGCCUCGUUUGAAGAAGGACAUGUCAUAGCGCUCGGGAAACACCGUGGAGGGGAGCUCAUUCCAUAGCCGGAUGGUACGUGGCAAAAAAGAUCUCUGGAAACGCACUGUGGAUGGCCGCAGUGGCUCCAGGUAGUAUGGAUGAACUCUACUCCGGUGGCGGGCGGUGCGAUGGUAAAAACGAGACGUUGGUAUCAUCUCGAACAAUUCCUCAGAGCACUCCCCAUGAAACAUGCGGUACAAAAUACAUACUUAGUUAUGGACACGUUCACACUGUACUGUACUAUAUAUUAUUGGCUAAGUAUAGGCUGCUAUACUAUAUGGCACUAUAGUAUAGCGUAGUCUGAAAGCAGCUUGCUAGAGGCAGAACGAAGUCGCCGCUUACCCUGUGAAGUAACAGUAAAAACAAAAGAAUCCUUUGAUGGCUUUUAGAGCUGUUUCGUAUUGAUUACUUGUGUGUUAAAAAUUAAGAAAUUCCGAUUAAUGAUUUCAAAAUGUUACCUUAUCUGCAUCACCUGCUGAAUUAUUUUUGGUAAUUAAAACUAGUGGUGCUGACCAAUUGUGUAAUAGGUACCCUUGUAUAAUCUAAUACUUGUUAUGCUACUAGAUUUUCGGUUUUAUCAAUGUGAAUAAUUUUAUUAUCAUUAAGUAUUUUUAUCAUGUUUUGCCAUAUAAAGAUAUAGUUCUUGCUUUACUAUGUAUCUGUUAACUAUUUUAUUAAACCCAAGUAGAUAAUUUAAAUAUAUGUAUAUCGUAAUGACAAAUUUUAUGUAACUUCUCGAUGUGCGUAGGACAAAGAUUUUUCCAACAAAAUACUGAAAUACUGUCAUGCUGCAAGUGCUGUUAAAUUGUCAAUAUUUAAUUGAAUUCCUUUACGAAUCAUGGCGCAUUCAUUCUACUCGAAGCAUUGUCAGACUAGGAAUCUUCGACUUCUCUUCUCCUAUGCACAACAGAAUAAUCAUCGAGCGUCGAAAUGCCAUUGUGGAUUUAACAAUAGAAACACAUAUGUGCUGCGAAAUUUGAAUUCAUUUUCUGGAUUGAUUUUUGAACAUUGGCAAUUUAUUGCAACAUAUUAAGGCGUGGUACAUGAGCCUUCCGUCACUCUUUGAAAUGCCAUUGUGAACUUAACAAUAAAAACACAUAAAUAUGUUGUGAAAUUUGAAUUCAUUUUACUGAUUGAUUUUCGAACAUUGGCGAUUUAUUGCAACAUAUUAAGGCAUGCUACAUGAGCCUCCAAAUAGCUUUUCGAGUUGAACGGCAACAGAAAUGCUUUAUACUGAAUUGCAAUUUUAUUAAUCUAAUACAAUUAAUAUUUUUGUUAAGUAACUGCAAUUUUUUGGUAUUUUUUUCUUAUUUUCAAAACUAAUUUGACGGAUACCUGCGUGUUCAGUAAUCAUGUAACUCAUAUUCUUAGAUCUAGUGUGUAAGUUUGUGUUACCCUUUUCCUACAUCUUACUUUGUCUUAAGUGCUGAUUUAUUAGUAUUAAAUAUCUAUGCUAUUUAUAUUUGUCACUGCUAAAAAUAAAUGUGUCUAUCUAUGUA